AUGAGCCUGGGCAUCAUGGAGGAGGAAGAUCUGGCCGAGUACUUCCGGCUGCAGUAUGGGGAGCGUCUGCUGCAACUGCUGCAGAAAUUUCCCAACAUUGAGGAGCAGUCGGAGUCCCCAUCCAUACGGCUACUGGAGAAGAAAAAGGAGGCCAAGAUCAUGCACCAUGCUAUGUUGCAGAAGAAGGAGACAUUUCAGCGCAGAAUGGAAACCCUCAACCUGCGCUGGGAGGAACUGGGCAUUAAGGAGGCCCAGCUGAAGGCCCAUAUUCAGAAGUUUGAGCAAUUCAUCCAGGAGAAUGACCAGAAACGGAUCCGAGCGCUGAAGAAAGCCAACAAGGAGCGAGACCUCAAGAGGCAGCGCAUGCGUGAGCUGGCGAAGGCCAAGCAGGAGAUGGCAGCCCUGCGGCUGGAGCACCAGCGACUGAGCAGCAAGCUGCAGGACUACUCCAUCUUCAACAAGUACCUGGAGAAGGUGGUGGAGAACUCCGAGUUUGAAGAGAUCCACGAAGUGAUAGCGCGCUACAAGACGCUGGUGAGCAUGCACUGUGACCUUAUGCAGUCAGCCCAGGAGGGCCAGGAGAAGAUCGAGCGCGCCAAAGCGCGGCUGGCGCGCUACAUGGAAGAGAAGGACGACGAGAUCCUGCAGCACAACAACGAGCUGGCACGCCUGCAGAUGCGCUUUGACCGCGCCCGCAGCGAUGUCAUCAUCUGGGAAUCUCGCUGGGCACACAUCCAGAACACCGCUGCCAAGAAGACCCUCUUACUUGGCACCAUUAAAAUGGCAACGCUGAACCUCUUCCAGAUCGUGAGCAAGCAGCUGAAGGAGACAACCUACGUGUCCCUGGAGGACACACACAAACAGCUGGACAUGAUUCAACAGUUUAUCCAGGACCUGUCGGACAUCUGGGCAGAGGUGAAGAAAAAGGACCAACAGCAGAUCCGGUUUUAA